UACUGGGACACACUGGAGUAGCAGAUUCAAAAUUGGGCAAAAAAAAUAAAACCAAAACGCUAAGUGGGUGGAUUUGCAGAAGCUUUAACUUUUGUAUAGCGUGCAAUGUUUUCUAUUUGCAUUUCUGUGUUUAGAGCGGUUAACAGAGUUCCUAGUGCCAGACAGAUAUUGAGAAUGACCUUGCAAUCUGGAGCUGAUGUGCAUGUGAAACACAAUUCAUCUACGACAGCCAACAGAAAUCGCUUAAACUGGGGUCUCUCACCCGAUGAGAUCAAAUCCAGAACGGAUGAACUCAUUCAGAGAAUCCAGCAGGUGUAUGACAAUGUGGGAGCAGUGGAUACCAACAAGGCCACUUGUGAGAGUAUUUUAAAAGCUUUGGCAGAUGCAGAAGUAGAAUAUUCAGUGGAGCGAAAUAUUUUGGAUUUCCCUCAGUAUGUGUCCCCAUGCAAAGCAGUACGUGAGGCAAGUGCUGGAGCAGACAAGAAGCUGUCAGACUUUGAUGUGGAGAUGAGUAUGAGGGAAGACGUGUUUCACAAGAUUGUUGCACUGCAGGAAAAAUGUAACAUAGGUGACCUUAGACCAGAAGCUAAGCGAUUCAUGGAAAGGCUUGUUCAACUUGGAAAAAGAAACGGAUUGCACCUGUCUAAAGAAAUACAGCAGGAGAUCAAGUCCAUCAAGAAACAAAUAUGUGAGCUUUCCAUCGACUUCAACAAAAACCUCAAUGAGGAAAACACUUCUCUGAUAUUCACCAAACAAGAACUCGGGGGCCUUGCGGAGAGCUUUGUUGGUAGUUUAGAGAAGACAGAGGAUGACAAAUACAGGGUGACCCUUCAAUACCCCCACUACUACCCACUAAUGAAGAGAUGUUACGUUCCAGAAACCAGAAGGAAAAUGGAAGCAGCUUUCCAGUCUCGGUGUAAAGAGGAGAACACGAAAAUUCUUGAACAGUUGAUCCCACUCAGGGCAAAGGUUGCGAAGCUGCUGGGUUUCAGCACACAUGCUGAUUAUGUCCUUGAAAUGAACAUAGCAAAGAACACCAAGAAUGUGGCCGCCUUUCUAGAUGAGUUUUAUGAGAAGCUUCGGCUUCUAGGUGAGCAGGAGAGAACCUAUAUUUUGGAGCUGAAGAUGAAAGAAUGUGAAGAAAGAGGAUUUGAGUUUGAUGGGAAAAUCAACGGCUGGGAUAUGGCUUACUACAUGAACAAAGUAGAGGAGCUUAAGUAUUCGGUGGAUAAAGAUAAGCUGAUUGAGCAUUUCCCAAUAGAGGUGGUAACAGAAGGAUUGCUCAGCAUUUACCAGGACCUUCUGGGACUCGGUUUCCAGCAGGUAGCUAAUCCUCAUGUGUGGCACGAGGGCGUGAGUCUCUACUCUGUGAAGGACACAGUGACUGGGGAGGAGAUAGGGCAGUUCUACCUGGACCUUCAUCCAAGAGAAGGAAAGUACGGGCAUGCAGCUUGCUUUGGUCUUCAGCCAGGCUGCCUCACGCCUGAAGGAGACCGCAUGUUGUCAGUUGCAGCUAUGGUGGCGAAUUUUUCCAAGCCCACAGCUGACCGGCCUGCCUUACUCCAGCACGAUGAGGUGGAGACGUACUUCCAUGAGUUUGGCCAUGUGAUGCACGAGAUCUGUUCAAAGACAGAUUUUGCUAAGUUUAGUGGAACCCGUGUCGAAACAGAUUUUGUGGAAGUGCCUUCUCAAAUACUAGAAAAUUGGGUGUGGGAGAAGGAGCCCCUCAGAAGAAUGUCGAGGCAUUACAAAGACGGGAGCCCCAUUCCAGAUGACUUGCUCGAAAACUUGAUUGCUUCCAGAGUAGCCAACACUGGCCUUUUGAACCUUCGUCAGAUUGUUUUGAGCAAGGUUGACCAGUCUGUACAUACCAAGUCAUGCGCGGAUACAGCACAAGAAUAUGCAAAAUACUGUGAAGAAAUUCUGGAGAUUCCUGCAACACCAGGUACGAACAUGACUGCAAGCUUCAGUCACCUAACAGGUGGCUAUGAUGGCCAGUAUUAUGGAUACUUGUGGAGUGAAGUCUUUUCUAUGGAUAUUUUCUUCAGCCGCUUUAAGAAAGAGGGAAUAAUGAAUCCUAAGGUUGGCAUGGAAUACAGGAAUGUAAUCCUGAAGAGAGGUGGAUCAGUGGAUGGAAUGGAUAUGCUUAAAACGUUCCUGGGGCGCAAACCAAACCAAACAGCUUUCUUUCUCUGCAAAGGUCUGACCUGCAAUGAACAACAACAGGAUAACUCUCACUGAAAGCAGACUCUCUGGAAGUCUGAGCUGCAAAACUCUGAAUUGUGUAAAGAGAGAGUGUUAUCUAAAAGAAAAGAUGCCUCGUGAGAAGGGGGUUAAGAAACACUACAGUGUUGUUGAACCGCAUGUAGCGUUGUUAGAAAUAUACAAAGACAAAUCUUUGUAUACAUGCUCAGACAGCAUGUACAUUAUUUUUUGACUCAGAAUAUUUAACCAGCUUUACACCCUUGCAUUAUUUCAGCAGUCAUGUAUGUUGAAGUACUUUACAAUGAUCAGUGUGGUCCAUAUAGUGAAUUGCAUCUGUUAGCUGUUUUAUUUUUUUUUAGGUUGCAUGCAGGGUUGCCACAUUUCCUGAUGUUGCCUAAAUCAUGUGGGUUUUUAGGUUGAGGUCCUGGAAUGCUGGUGUGCAAAAAAAAAAAUCUGGGUUUUAAUCUUAUCCAACCUGUGGCACAGCACUGGACAAGAACCACCUGUAAACAUCAUCAGCUGCAUUCACAUCCAAUGACAAGAAAACUUGAAAAGUUUUGGUACAGCAACAGAUUGUAUUUCUUAUGUUUCCUCUUAAUUCAGUAAUAAUGUGACAUUUUUGUGCACAAAUUAAAUGGAAAUGAAAAAUAAUAAAAAAUAAAACUAUGCAUGUAAGA